AUGGCAACAACUUUAAAUGAACUAUUAGGUGAACAAUUGCUUCAACAUAAUGAAUCUGGUGAUGAAACAAGUCAAAUACCCACUAAUCAAUUGAAUGGCAAAACUAUUGCACUUUAUUUCUCAGUUCAUUGGUGUGGACCAAAUCGAGAUUUUACACCAAUAUUUGCUGAAAUCUUCAAAAAGGUUGAUAAUGAAAUAAAAGACAAAUUAGAUGUUGUCUUUAUUUCUUAUGAUCCAGAUCAAGCUAGUUUUGAUGAAUAUUUCAAAGAAAUGCCAUGGAAAGCAUUACCUUUCUCUGAUCGAGAUCGUUCAAAAGCAUUGGCAAAGAAAUUUAAUAUCGGAGAUAUUGCAUGUUUGAUUGUUCUUUCUCCUACAUGUGAAACAAUUACUUCGGAUGGUAUUGACGAAGUACGUGUUUCACCUGACGAAGCUUUACGUCGAUGGACACAAGGAAAACGUUUAUUUUGGUCUCGUGAACCACGUGAAGGUGAAUUUACAUGGAAACGUAUUACUUGUAAUCAAUGCUUUAUGAAUCCAUUCAUCGGUACACGUCAUGGAUGUACGCAUGAAGAAUGUCAAUUUAAUUUAUGUGAAAUUUGUUUAUUAAACAACAAGCAUGAACAUCCUCUCAUUGAAUAUCUUAUACCUAAAAAACAAUAUUCAUUAGAAGAACUCUUUAAAUCAGUUCCCCAUUUACUCAAUUCAAAUAAUGAAGAAAAAAUUGAAAUAAAAACAAUGCGGAAAGACGGUAUUAAAAGUAUUGGAUUUUAUUUUUCUGCUCAUUGGUGUUCACCUUGUCGUGCUUUUACACCAAAAUUAGCAGAAGUUUAUAAAGAAGCACAGUCAAGUUCUCAAUCUUUUCGUAUAGUUUUUGUGUCAUGGGAUCGAGAUGAAGAAUCAUUCAAUGAAUAUCGUUCAGAAAUGCCUUGGCCUGCUGUUCCAUUAAAAGCAGGCACUGCUCUUGAAGCAUAUUUUCAAUGCGUUGCUAUUCCAUCAUUGUUUGUUAUAUCAUCUGACGGUAAAGUUUUAUCACGUCGUGGUAAUGAUGAUGUUUUACGCAAAGGCGUUGAAGCUAUGAAAUCAUGGGCACAAGGAAAAAAAUUGGUUCCUCCUUCCACAGAUGAGUUUUUAUGGUCUGAUGCCUCAUGCAACAGUUGCAACAUGGAUCCACUUAUUGGUCAAAGAUAUCGUUGCUUAACAUGUGAUUAUUAUGAUUUAUGUUUAGCUUGCAAAAAUAAAGGACAUGAACAUCCACUUGAACUUGUACCACAACCUGUCGAUGAUCAAGAGGAUUAA